GGUCUUUUCCUGGAAAAAUAAAAAUAGUUUUUUUUAGUCUGCAUCUUGGCGAGAUAGUGUAUCAUUAGAGAGGCUUUGGUCAUGUCUGAGAGGCUGUGACGAUAUUCGUAUCGAUAACCUUAACACUGCGUUUUUAAAAAUAUUUUUUUUGGCUAAUACUACAUUUCAAAGUGCGUCACAUUUAUUACGUGUUUUUUUUAAAUCUCUGUGAGUGACAUCAUGUGUUUGUCUUGGCUGCUGCUAUAUAAGACCUUGCUGGACCAAAGCGUUUUCUUUAUCCCUUCGCAGAAAUGUUCACAACCAAGGCGAUUUUGGUGGCAGUGGCCCUGUCAACCCUGGUGUGCACCACACGAGUGAUGGCCGAUAACAUUGCCUGGAAAAAACUGGACACAAGCCUCGUAGAAAAUCAAAAAAUAAUUGAGGAAGUACACAACAUGCUGCGUCGUUCUGUCACCCCGAGGGCUGAUAACAUGCUAAAAAUGGAAUACAACACAGACGUGGCUGUAAACAGCCACAAGUGGGCUGAGAAGUGCUUAUUUCAACACAGCACAGAUGCUGACCGCAUCUGGUUGAAUGAUAAUAUUAAGUGGAACUGCGGUGAGAACAUUUUCCUGUCGGGGAAUCCUCGCCCAUGGGACUCUGUGGUGUUUAGCUGGUACAGCGAAGUCAUUUCUCCAGGGUUUGAGUACGGGAAAGGUGCCAAGCAGCCAGGGGCCGUGGGACACUUCACUCAGCUGGUGUGGUAUAAGUCUCAUCAGGUUGGGUGUGCGAUCAACUACUGCCCAAAUAUCCCUGGGGAUCUCAAGUACCUCUAUGUCUGCCAAUAUUGCCCAGCUGGAAACGAUAACUCCAGGUUGAACUAUCCAUAUGACUUAGGGAAGCCAUGUGAAGCUUGUCCUGACAGUUGUGUAAACAACUUGUGCACAAAUCCAUGCCUCUACAAAGACAGAUUCAGCAAUUGUGAAGCAAUGGCCGGACGUUAUGGAUGUAAGAAUGAUGCCUAUGGAAAGGUGAUACAGCUAAUGUGUCCUGCACAGUGUCUUUGCCUGAAACAAGUCAUAUAACCUCAAACCAACCUCGAUACCAUACACCAGCAGCAACAACCACACAGAUACUCUGAGUAUAAAUAAUAGAGUGAGAAACAGAAAAAAACAAGGGGAAAGUUUUCUGUAAUUUUCUCGAACAAAAAAGUUACCGGUUUUUUUGCUUCGACUUCUACUUUGCAAAUUGAUUUUAUGUAGCAACAAUACCAUAUGUACUUGCAGUUCAUGUAGUGAGCUAAAGAUUAACAAUACUAUUUUAGCAAAAUGGUGUAGAGGAAUUUAUAGAAAUGAAAAUUUGUUGAUAUGCCUGAUUGCAAGAUAUUUGUGGAAGUAGUUGACACGAAGAAAAGCUGAACAAUAUAAAAGCAAUUAACAAAAAA